AUGGGUAUCAUCGAGACGAUUUUUCGCGGCAACCAACGCCGCAAACAGGUGCCCGACUAUGUGCCCAAAUAUUUGGAGCAGUACGAGCGUCUCUACGGAAAUGUCGACUACAACGAGCCGGCAGUCGACAAUCCGCGGCGAUCGGAGAGGAAGUGCCAGGAGACAACGCAAGAAGUCAUCGAAACGCCCAUCACACGAAGCACCGAUGUCGAUAUUCCGCUUCUCUUCCCCUUCACCUUUUAUCUUCUAAUUAGUUACAUGUUUGGAUUUAUUCUCAUAUUGUACCAGAUCACCCGCUUACCAUUACAUGAUUAUCAAAAGAAAGACGUGUACAGUAUCACCGAGGUGAUACGAGUUAGUCGACGCCAAUGGCUACAAUACGUCACGAUUUGCUCAAUUGUCAUCGGAAUGUAUCGAGUUGCUAACUCAAUUUUCGAACUAUUCCUAGCAAGACUUAACUACAAAAUGCUAAAAUCAACGGAAUAUCGUAAUCGAAUGCGGUAUUAUAGCUCGUUUUGUAAAGAACGACACGAAUUGCAUAAAUUAUCGAUGAAAUUCAUGGCGACGUAUCCUACCAACAAAUAUAUUGAAAAAGUCAAUGAUGUGGUCGGAAGCGAUAAAGUUCGCCUUUUAAGGAGCCGUUAUUAA